UAUUUGCAUCAUCAUGGUUUUAAGGCUUUUGUCUCAUUAAUUGUCACACAUCAUUUACAAGCAAUGCCCCAGCUGCAUGGGGCACUAUGUACGACGCAGCUGAACUCCUCCGUCUCUCCAAGCACAUCACCACCCUCGAAUCCCUCCUCCGUUUCCACGCCGUCACGGUGACGAGCGGCCACAGCACCAACCUCUUCCUGGCCUCAAAGCUGAUAUCUCUCUACGACUCUCUCAGCAUCGACCACACUCCAUGCUCCACCCUCUUCCACUCCCUCCCCCACAAAGACACCUUCCUCUGCAACUCCCUCCUCAAAUCCCUCUCCUCGCGCUCCCUCUUCCCCCAACUCCUCUCCCUCUUCUCCCGCAUGCGCGCCUCCAACCUCUCCCCCAACCACUUCACUCUCCCCAUUGUCUUCUCCGCCGCCGCUCACCUUCCCCUCGCCGCCGCCCUCCACACCCUCGCCGCCAAAUCCGCCCUCCUCCCCUCCUCCGCCGCCUCCCUCCUCUCCCUCUACUCCCGCUGCGCCAGAAUCGACCUCGCGCGCAAGCUGUUCGACGAAAUUCCCGUUAGGGAUGUCGUUGCUUGGACUGCACUCAUCGUUGGGUUGGCCCACAAUGGGGAGCCUGAGGAGGCUUUGAGGUGUCUCCGUCACAUGCAUGCCCAUCAUGAUGAUGACCAGAAGCCCAACGCCAGAACGUGGGAGGGUGGGUUUCUCGCGUGUGGGAACCUCGCUGAUGUCAAACAAGGCGCGUGCUUGCACGCGGCGCUUGUCAAAAACGGGGUUGCUUCGUUUUUACAGUCUUCGGUUUUGGAUAUGUAUUCCAAGUGUGGGGUUCCGUGGGAGGCGUACCGGGCUUUUUGUGAGGUGGGUCGGAAAGAUCUUCUGUGUUGGACGUCCAUGGUUGGGGUUUGGGCCAAGGUUGGGAUGAUGGGGGAGUGCGUGAGGUUGUUUAAGGAAAUGCUGGAGAACGGAUUGGACCCCGAUGGGGUUGUUGUUGGUUGCGUGGUUUCGGGGUUUGGUAAUUCCAUGGAUGUGCCUGGAGGGAAAGCGUUUCAUGGAGUGGUUAUAAGGAGACAUUUUGUGGAUGAUGAGAAAGUUAAUGAUUCGCUGUUGUUUAUGUACUGCAAGUUUGGGAUGUUGAGUUUGGCGGAGAGGCUUUUCGCUCGGUGUCGUGGAAGUGGUGGAGAUUGCUGGAACUUUAUGGUUUUUGGGUAUGGUAGAAUAGGGGAGGAUGUGAAGUGUGUUGAGCUCUUUAGGGAGAUGCAGUGUUUAGGCAUUCCUUCUGAAUCAAUUGGGGUUGCUUCGGCAAUUGCCUCGUGUGCCCAGUUGGGAGCAGUUAAUUUGGGAAGGUCGAUUCAUUGCAAUGUGAUAAAGGGCUUUUUGGAUGGUAACAUUUCGGUCACCAACUCGCUCAUAGAGAUGUAUGGCAAAUGUGGUAAGAUGACGUUUGCUUGGAGAAUAUUUAAUAGGUCGGAGAGGGAUGUUCUAUCAUGGAACACUCUGAUUUCGUCUCAUGUUCACGUCAAGCAUCAUGAAGAGGCUGUAAAUUUAUUUAAUAAAAUGGUUAGGGAAGACCAGAAGCCCAAUACAGCCACGCUUGUGGUAGUGCUUUCAGCUUGUUCUCACCUUGCAUCUCUAGAUGAAGGAGAAAGAGUUCACCGCUACAUAAAUGAAAGUGGAUUUAGACUCAAUUUACCUCUUGGCACAGCAUUGGUUGAUAUGUAUGCUAAAUGUGGGCAGCUACAAAAAUCAAGAAUGGUAUUUGACUCUAUGAAAGAGAAGGAUGUAAUUUGCUGGAAUGCAAUGAUUUCAGGCUACGGAAUGAAUGGAUAUGCAGAAUCUGCUAUAGAGAUAUUCCAACAUAUGGAGGAAUCAAACGUUAUGCCCAAUGAAAUUAGCUUCCUCUCUCUUCUAUCAGCUUGUGCCCAUGCAGGGCUUGUUGAAGAAGGGAAAUACAUAUUCGCAAGAAUGCUGAGUUAUUCUGUGCAACCCAAUUUAAAGCACUACACUUGUAUGGUAGAUCUUUUGGGAAGGUCAGGUAAUCUACAAGAAGCAGAAGAUAUGGUCCUAUCCAUGCCCAUUUCUCCAGACAGCGGUGUUUGGGGAGCUUUGUUAGGUCAUUGUAAAACUUACAAUGAAGUUGAGAUGGGAAUAAGAAUUGCAACGUAUGCUAUUGACACUGAACCAGAAAAUGACGGCUACUAUAUAAUGAUGGCCAAUAUGUAUAGCUCCAUUGGGAGGUGGGAAGAAGCAGAAAAUGUGAGAAGGACAAUGAAAGAAAAAUGUUCAAUGGGAAAGAAAGCUGGUUGGAGUCUGCUCUGAGCUAAGCUUCCUUGCGCUCUAGCCUAAACUUUGAAAAGAAAGAAAAGGAUAAAGAAAACCAUUAGAAGUUUACCAACUGUCAAUAGGUUUAAUGUUCUAGAGUUUUCUCCCUUCAUAAACCAUUCAUGAGCUCAUCAAUUGAGCAAUUGGGCUUAGGAAGCUGACAUGUUAUUAUCAUGAAAUACUUUUCGCAUUGUACAGGCACCCCACAAAAAUAACCCUCUUGAUGGAUGCUUUAAUUAUGUAAAUCAAAAGAGUUCAUGCAGCAGCUAGCAGAGAGCCGUGCGAUGGUUGGAAGGAGGGAGAUCGAGUUUUCAUAAAGGGGGCAUUUGAUUCUACGGAUCAUUUUUUUUUUUAAUGUACAGUACAUUAUUUUAUUCCUUUGAAUUUUGAUGCUUUAUCUAUUAAAAAGACCUAUGUUCAUAUCCAAAAGUUUGAGGCAACCUUUUGAACAGAUUAAUGAAAAUUUUCUCAACAGUU